CCGGUGAGGACGGCGUGUGGGUCCCUUUAUCCUCUGCCUCCGACCUCACAUCGAGAGGUGGAGCUGGAACUCGCGAGGGAGAUAUUGAUGAAGCUGGAUACUGGGUCCGGGAUGUUGUAAUCCACAGGAAAGAUUGCAGAGACCUGUCUGUCUCCUCCCAG